AAUGAAUAAAAAUGCGUCACAGGGGAUAGCAGUGUAUUUUCCUAGUUGAAAAAUUAAAAAAAAAAUUUUUUUUUUAGUAACAUUUUUCAGCAAGCCUGAUAUUUUCUUUUGUGAGUGAAGCCAACAUGAAGAUUAGGAACAUGCUUAUCCUGAUCACGGAGUUACUGGUGGCUUAUGUAAAUUUGUCAGUCCAACAAAGCUUCACUGAAAACCAAUGUAUCCUAUAUCUCCAACAACUCAAUCUACUUCCAGCGUUAAAUUUAAGCGACACAAGUCAAAUAAGUACAUCGACCUCCGUUAUCAUGGAAGUGUCGGCAACAACUACAAUGCCGACAACCUCAUCAAGCUCAUCGAGUAGCCAAUCAGAAACGACAAGGUCUUCCAGCACCUUAACAACAACGUCAACGUUAAUCACGUCAACGGUAGCAUCAAUUUCCAGUAUGUCAACGACAGCGUCUGUUUCUAGCAGCGCAGCGAGCACGUCUAUAGUUGCACCGUCAUCUUAUACAAUGUCAAGUACAACGUCGACGACGACUUUCUCAACGACCGUUGUUUCAGUUUCAAACGUCGCAAGUUCCUCCCUCUCUCCUACAGUUAGCUCUGUUGCAUCAACAACAGUAACGCCGCCACAAAGAACAACUUCUCCGAGCACAACAUCGUCAACAACUUCAAACCCGUCAACAUCAGCUCCCCUUAAUCAAACGGCGGUGUGUAUAACACAACUGUUUGGUAAUUGGUCAGAAAAUGGUUCACUGCCAUACCAUCUGCUUCCCCAAUACAACAGCACACUACCAUCAACAACAGGGAUGCCCACAACCACUGAAGCAUCUACUGCGAAUCCAACCACCAUCAGUGCAGAAGAAGCUCGCAGAAGACUAUGCGAGAGUUAUAGUAACUGGACGUUCGAGUUUCCUACUUGUUUAAGACCUUGCGACCAAUGCUACAAAAGUGCACUCAACUUGACAAACGAAUACUACAUAUGUCGUGAUUGGAUGAACGGUACUCAACCAGCACAAAUCCUUGAGUCUGAACCAAUGGUACUAACUCAAUUACUAAACAAAUUUGGAGCACAAGGAAACAAGUUUACUGAUUACGACAGAUCAUGUCCGGAAAGAGGGUACGAGCAAUUUGAUAAUUUUGUGUGGUAUGCUGGUAGAAAGUACAGAUAUAGCGACAUGCGUUUACCAGACUAUAAAAAGAAACCGUUUGUUUACUACGACAGAUUAUGGAAUGAACGCAACGACACGAUCGAAGUUCCAUAUGGAAAUAUCCCAAGAGGGGAGUACACGUUUGAAUUUGCAAUGUACGAACCCUUCUUUGACAAGAAAAUUUCACCUGAAAAGACACGCCUGAAAGAGAAAUGGGCCUACAAGCAUCCAAUAGUUACAGGUGCUUUUAUUGACACAAGAGUGGAAAAGGGACUGUACACAAACGAACGCUUAGUCCUGAAUUCCGUUAUUAUCUCUUUGGAGCUUACUCCACCAAGGAAAAACCCAUUACCGGGGGAAAACAUAAUCUCCCUUACACAUCUUAAUAAAAAACUGACCAAUCCCCUCUGUGUUUAUUGGCAACCUUUAGAUCCCGAAACAGAAGGAGUCAUAUCAACUGCUGGUUAUUGGAGCAAUUACGGCAUGCGUGUGUUCAAAACAAACGACUCAAUGACAGUGUGUCGGUCAACUCACUUGAGUUCCUUCGCUUUGUUUAUGGAGCUACCUUAUACACCAGAGCCAGAGGAAGUCAACCCGCUUGGAGCGCUUAUGGUACUGCUUACAUUGAUCGCCAUCGUUUUAUUCAGUAUCUAUAUUCUAGCCAUGAUAUUGCUGAAGUGCUAUCGAAAUCACUACAGCCGCAUUUACAUGUUGUUCGCCUUCUCUUGCCUGCUCUCACAAAUCUUCUUCCUGGUUGGUUAUGGAAAAAAAGACGACAACGACGGAUGUAAUACCAUGGCAACAUUCAUGCAGUUCUGUCAUGUAUCGGUCAUGAUGUGGGUACUUAUGGAGAGUGUACAUCAGCUAUCACGAAUCCGUAACUUUUUUAACAACGCGACAAAUAUAGACGCGUUUUAUCUUAUUCUUGGCUAUGGUUUCCCGCUGGCUGUUCUGGUAGCAUUACAAGAAUUUCCUUACAACCACUUCGACGAGCUCAAAUUUUGUUGGGCCUACUUAGAAGGCACCGAUUAUCUCUACUUUGCUGGACCUUUAGUUAUCUUAACUCUGGUCACAUUGUCGUUACGACUCAUUACGCUAUUGGAAAUUCGAAAACAUUCUGAUCUUAUCGACAGUGAUAUCAAUUAUCAACGAGCGUACAGAAGUUUGAUUGCUUCCGUUGUUGUCCUACCAACGCUUGUCAUAUUAUGGGGAUUUGGCACGUACGCCGUAAAAGCCAACGACUCUAUAGGCGACGUUGCUAUGAUUGCUCUCCCCGUGCUCAAUAUCUUUGUUGCUAUCGAGAUUCUCUACCUCUACUUUUACUGCAACGACGAAGUACGAGAUUCCAUUUUGGACGAGUUGAGCAUACGUCAGAAACAGAGAAUUCUAAAGUACUCGCAUUUAAAUGGGUUGGACAUGAAACUAACAUACAAGGCAGCUAACAACGGCUACUUGGACGACGAACAAAAUGACGGCAUGACGCAGUUAGAUGACUUGCCGAAGAAGAUAGACACGACGGACACUGUAUAAAAUCUCAGCAUUAAACACUUUUCAAGGGUAAAAAUAGUUGCAUUAAGUUUACCAUUUCUUUUUUAAUUGUUUAGAAAAAUUGAAAAAAAAUUGUUGCAUGUAUGUAUAUUAGUGUGUAUAUUGUUUGUAUAAUAAUAUAAUAAUGUAAAUCACAAAAAUAAAUAAAUAAAA